GCUAAGCACUAAACCUGCUCCUUCAAACGGACCCCUGCUGGUUUGUCCCCAGUUCAACACCAUGCUGCUUCGGGCUGUCGUCCUCCUCUUCCUCUGUGUGUCCUCGGGCAUUUGUGCCACUUUAGGCCACUACCAGACUACGCCUGAAGAGGAGCAGGCGUCUCCUGUGGACUCCGAUGCUGUUUCUGCUGCUGUAGCAGCUGAAGAAGCUGCAGCUCCUGCAGGUACCCAACAAGGAAGUUCACCUGCAGUGGAGGAACCUGCAGCCGACUCCUCUCGUGGUGACAGUGAGUUGGCUGUGGAUGACCUUUCAGCUGACAAAACAAAAAUGGAGGUCCCGGUGGGAGAUGGUGCAACAGCCGAUGAGCCAGAGACAGACAGGGAAAUGGCUGCUGGAGACCCCCCUGCUAUGGAAGCUCUUGCUGGUGAAGCCGUCACGCAGGAGCAACAUUUUUCUCCUGGGGCGGAGGAGGAAAAUGACAUCAGACCGGUCCAGACGGACCUGUCGCUAAAUAACUCUUUGGCACAAGAAGAUGAUAACAGCUGGAGCAUCGACUCAAUUAGAAAUAGUUUCCGCAGUUUGCACGGAUACUUUGAGUUGUUGGUGGAGCUGGCGGGGGGACGCGAUGGUGUGUGUCAGUAUCGCUGCAGAUACGGAGAAACUCCUCAAAAGCGCCCCGGCUACCAGCUCCAAGAGCCCAACGGCUGCAGCUCCUCUCUGGUGGGAUUGCAGGUGAAUGCAGUUCUUGACCUCGGGAUCCCCGCUAUGACCAACUGCUGCAACCAGCUGGACGUGUGCUACGACACUUGCGGCACCAGCAAGAACCGCUGCGACUCGGAGUUCCGCCUGUGUCUGCACGGCAUCUGCGGCGACCUUAAGAAGAGUCUGGGCUUCGUGUCCAAGGUGCAAGCCUGCGAAUCAAUGGCAGACGUCCUCCACAGCACAGUGGGGACUCUUGGCUGCAGGCCUUACAUGAACAGCCAGAGGGCAGCGUGUGUCUGCGAGGGAGAGGAGAGGGAGGAACUGUGACAAAUACUCUGUGGACGCAUUCGCAGACAAAUAACUCAGUCACAGGCGUCUCUGCACAAAACACUGUUUAUUUAUCGUCAAAGAGGAUGUGCCGGAAUUCCGGACUACAAGCCGCUGCUUUUUUCCCCCCCACGCUUUGAACCCUGUGGUUUAUGCAGCGGUGGCUUACGCGCGAGACAGACACGUGCAGGGCUCUCAAGUGUCACGCAUUGAGCGUGACAGUCACUCACUUUGGUUUCCCGCCACACAUCCAAUUUCUCACGCCGUGUCCCUGCACGUGCAAGAGAUAAUGCGCCGGGGAAGACGCUUGUUUAGUAACAGACAUUUUGUGCAUCAUAUUCAAAACACUCGUCGUGGAAAAUAAACGUGGGAAUGCGCGUGAUGCAGCAUUUAAGUGUCGGGCAACUAGUCUUUCUGUCGGAGAAGGAAACAGCGGCUGCACUUAAACUUGGCUCCAAUGAAUCAAUGGUGAGACGUUGGAGACGGCCAUGUGAAGAACUCACUCCAUGUAGAAAGACGACAAAAGCUUGCAGAGGGAAUAAAAGCAGGUGACCCGAACGUGGAAACUUUCUUGAAGACUGAACACACAGACAGUUGUUUCCACCGUGCACAUCCCGCUGAAAGGCAAAACAAUCUAAUCAAAGAUUCACUGCAGGUUUAGUGCCGUGUUACAGGAAUAUAUCAAGCAUCAUAUAUCAAGUAUCUCAAUAUGGCUUUCAAAAGGUUAAUUGAUAGAUUUUGCACAUGUGUUAAACUCUUCAUACUCCUUUACUACUCUUCAAUACUCUUCAAUUUCCUUUUAGGACAUUUUAGGCCUCUAUGACUCCAUUACCAUAAAUGACCUUGAUGACUCCAAAUACAGUGUCUGAUGGGAAGGAUAUUGUAGUUGGAUUCAUUUCCUCUGGAUAUAAUGACAUAAUAGAAUUACUAAAAUGCAAAUUGUUUGAUGUGUGUGGUUGUUUAUCAAGAUAGUAUGAUCAAAGUCAAUGUCACCUAAAUGUGAUAUCUAUAUUAUGUAUAUAAUACACGACUAAACGACCGGAUUAAUUAUAGAUUAAUGGGCACUUUACUUCACCACAUCACCACUAUCUCCUUUGUCUUCUCAUCUCUUUGCCAACAUGUCACGUGUGACGUGAUCCUCCAGCCGUCCACGAGUCCAAAUAUGUUGAUGUGUGUUCCACGUGUAUUUCUCAAUUCAUUAAUGCUGUGAAAUAGAAACCAAUUCUAUAAAUCUAAAUCUUAAACUGUAAUCUUAAAUGUAAGUCUGAGAAAUGUCUGAACGUGUGACCUAGAAAUCGUUUACGCUGUAGUUGCUUAAAUAAACCGUCGCCCCUCCGAAUUAUUUCAAAUAGAAAUGUCAUUCAAUUUAAUGUCAGCAGCAAAUCUGACUGCCAGGCAAACACCUACACACACAAACACGCAAAAUUCAAGAAAUAUUGUAAUGGUAAAAUAUGUUAUAACAGCCUUUUGCUAAAAGAGUGAUAAUUGUCUGUAUUGAAGUUCCUGUUUGCUGCCGUGUGCUCAGGAAAAAGGAAACCGUCUGCGACCUCAUCUUGAACUUUACCCUAACAGUCUCAUAACAAAGGCUCAAAAAAGAACAACUAUGUUAAUAGUUCCAUAUGUAUUGUGUGCAUGUUUCAUAAACUGGUUUCAAAUGUAUCUGGAAAUUCCCCGCGGACCACCUGCCACUGAGGUUGACCUUUUGUGUGUGUAUAAAGGCCCCCGAGCUUUGACUGCUCGGAGACGCAAUCUCCACAGAGCACUGUAAUACGCGCUUGUGCAUUUGACCUCCUGGGGGCAAUAAAUUUACUUUUACAACUUUGAUCAUUCGUUAAGUCUGUUUUAUUAGAUAAACCUAGAAACAAAUCAUUCUAACAGUGAAAUAUUCCACAACAAUAUACAGCACUGUUAGUGACGCAGGGACGUAUAUGGGAGUAAAGAAGAGUGUAUAUAAUGUACAUCUGCAUGUUCAUCUGUAUAUAAAGGACUUUAAAAUACCAAAUAA